AUGCCACCUCGCGCCCCUUAUGUCGUUCCCGCGCUCAAGAAGCACACCGCGACGGUGAUUAUGGCCCAUGGUUUGGGUGAUAGGAUGUCCCUCGCCCAGAACUGGCGCCGUCGUGGCAUGUUUGAUGAAGUUGCUUUCAUUUUCCCUAAUGCGCCCAUGAUUCCUAUCACAGUGAAUUUUGGUAUGAGCAUGCCGGGAUGGUAUGAUCUUAGCAAGCUUGGUCGUGAUCUCGACUUCGAAGAAUCCAUCCGCACCCAAGACGAGCCCGGCAUCUUGCGUUCUCGCGAAUACUUCAACACCCUGAUCAAAGAGCAGGUCGACAACGGCAUCAAGCCCUCGCGGAUCGUCCUCGGUGGUUUCUCGCAGGGAGGUGCCAUGUCCGUUUUCUCAGGCAUUACGAACAAGGAGAAGCUGGGUGGUGUUUUCGGUCUUUCUUGCUACUUACUUCUGAGUGACCGGAUUAAAAACUAUGUCGCAGAGGACUGGCCGAAUAAGAAGACUCCGUUCUUCCUUGCGCACGGCCUUGAUGAUGAUAUUGUGCCGCAUUCAUUUGGUGAGAUGUCUGCUAAGGCGAUGAAGGAGUUGGGGAUGGAGGAUGUCAGCUUCCGUUCUUACCCUGACCUUCCUCACUCUGCUGAUCCGGCGGAGAUUGAAGACCUCGAGCAGUUCCUUGGAAAGGUUCUCCCUGCUGAAGGCAGUGGCGAGAGCGCGGGACUGUGA